CCGGCGGGCAACGGGAGCUGCCCGGGCUGCCGGGUGGGCGCCGGUUCCGCGGCGCGGGCCGCCACGGCGCUGGCCGCCGUGCUCAUCGUCACCAUCGUGGGCGACAUCCUGGGCAACGUGCUCGUCAUCCUGUCCGUGCUGAGGAACAAGAAGCUCCGCAACGCCGGCAAUAUCUUUGUCGUCAGUUUGUCUGUUGCAGACCUUGUAGUUGCGGUGUAUCCGUAUCCGCUGAUCUUGAGUGCCAUUUUCCAUAACGGAUGGACAAUGGGGAAUGUUCAUUGCCAGAUUAGUGGGUUCCUGAUGGGCUUAAGUGUCAUCGGGUCCAUUUUCAACAUCACUGCAAUCGCAAUCAACCGCUACUGCUACAUCUGCCACAGCCUGCGGUAUGAUAAGCUCUUCAACCUGAAGAACACCUGCUGCUAUCUCUGCCUGACGUGGAUACUGACGGUGGUGGCAAUCGUGCCAAAUUUCUUUGUUGGCUCCCUGCGUUAUGACCCUCGGAUUUACUCCUGCACCUUUGCCCAGACAGUGAGUACAUCUUACACCAUCACAGUGGUGGUGGUUCACUUCAUCGUCCCACUUUCCAUCGUGACGUUUUGCUACUUACGGAUCUGGAUCUUGGUGAUUCAAGUCAAACAGCGGGUGAGACAAGACUGCAAGCAGAAGCUCAGAGCAGCUGACAUCCGGAAUUUUUUGACUAUGUUUGUGGUUUUUGUCCUUUUUGCUGUGUGCUGGGGACCGUUAAACUUUAUUGGCCUUGCUGUUUCGAUUAGUCCUUCAAAAGUACAGCCGCACAUUCCAGAAUGGCUUUUUGUCCUGAGCUAUUUUAUGGCCUAUUUUAACAGCUGCCUCAAUGCAGUGAUCUAUGGGCUGCUUAACCAGAAUUUCCGAAAGGAGUACAAAAGGAUACUGCUGACGCUCCGGACUCCAAGGCUGCUCUUCAUCGAUGUGUCGAAGGGUGGGACAGAGGGGGUGAAAAGCAAGCCAUCUCCAGCCAUAACAAACAAUAACAACCACGCGGAAAUACCUUUAUAACAGUGCUAUUUAUUGUGGGUUACACUUGUGUAUAUAAUCUAAAGGGCCUUUCUAUGCGUGCAUUUCACAGCUGAUCUUGCUGGGUCCCCAUCUGCCAACAACUUCUCAUACAAGGAAAGGAGUCUGCUCCCUUUUUAUACUCUGCUUAUCACCAUGAAUUUAAGACUCUGAGAAGAGAUAUGCAGAAUGGAAACAACUAUCCUUUAUCUCUCUUUUUUUUUUUCUAUGCCCUCUUUCACCAUGUGCCUAUUUGGUUUGGUUGCUUUCGCCAAAAGCAUGCCAAUACCCUCUGAAAAUGGAAGCAUUCAGUGUGCAUGGAGAAAUGCAGUAAUGCCUGAAACACAAGCUGCAAGAGCAGGCAGAAUCACCAUGUAUUAGACAGCCCUUUCUGCCCUCCAUCUGAAUUCUACUUCUUUAGCAGUAACAAAACCCAAACUGUAGGGAUUGAAGUGUAAACUGCAUGACUUUGUACCUUUUUGGAUAGGUUAGUAACAAUAUUAGCCAGCAGGCAUAUAUGCAGGCAUGAUGACUUCCACUGUUUG